AUACAGACUGCUUCUACAAACAUUUGUGAAAGACUGUGCAAUAAGUCCAUCCACGAAACUUCCUUGCUACUAAAUAUUCAACGGUCAACUGUUAGUGGUAUUAUAACAAAGUGGAAGUAACUGGGAACAACAGCAACUCAGCCACAAAGUGGUAUGCCACGUGAAAUAACAGAGCGCUUGCUUAAGCGCACAGUGUGCAGAAGUCAUCAACUGUCUGCAGAGUCAAUAGCUAAAGACCUCCAAACUUUGUGUGGCCUUCAGAUUAGUAUAACAACAGUGUGUAGAGAGCUUCAUGAAAUAGGUUUCCAUGGCCGCGCAGCUGCAUCCAAG